GCCAUGUUGCUGCCGUCUGAAAGAUGUUCACAUCUGUGUGUGUUUACUAAUGAAUUUUAAGAACUUUAUCAGCCAAAUUUCUGUGUUUGUGAAAUUGUGAGUGUAGAAUGGUUUUAUAUUACAUACAUAUUUGUGAUUGAAAAGUCUGUCAAAUGUCUCUGAGGCCAAUAAACAGUGAAAAUUUCUUUAGGUAGUCAUUCGAGUCAGACGGCAUAAUGGCUGACAAUCUGAUUCAAAAGUCACAUAAAACUAGUGAAAAAAACAAGUAUAACAACGUCGUUCAUCGCACUACGAGUGAAUCCCUUCGACUGAACGAGUCGGAGAAGGGAGUGACUCACCCGACGAGUCUUCAAUCCACCCAUAACCCAAGGAAAAUAUCUUCCUUUCAGAUAACCAGUGUGACGGUUGGCUCUCGGGUGAGCACUGAUGCUGGCGAGGACUCUGCGGACGAUCUUGAUGAAUCUCACACCGACGACAUCUCAAGGGUGACCGACAUAGAGAAUGAAACGCCGAGCUACUCGGAAGACACCUUUUCAAAAGACGACGUAUUCUACAACGCGUCUAGUGCAUCGCUAGGCUGCGCCCCCGUCAUUCCGACCAGCUCGCAGUACGGGCUCGCUAUCGUCGGCCAGCCCGACGCGAACCCCCAGCUAGGAGCAGCAGUGCCAAAUAGUAAUAAUACCGAAGUGAAUGACAUGCACGUCAGCGUGCCGAACGCCGGCACUGGCAGUAUCAUCAACCUCAUAAGCAACUCCAAACCGCAGGAAGGUAUGAAGGAGAUACAAGAACAUGUGCGGAAUGAAAGAUUUAAAGUAGUUAAAAUCGAAAGCACUGAACCUUUCCGUCGUGGCAGGUGGAUGUGUAUGGAUUAUCUCGAUCAUACUACAACCCAGCAGAAUGCUCCAAUUACUCUCAACAACAACUUGGAUGUCACAGAGACUAACACGUUGCAGGCCCCGGACAGCGGUGUUGUCAUAAACGAUAGUCAACAUGAUGAUAUGUGUAAUGAUUUGUCCAACAAAGGGCCUAAAGAUCCAGUUAGUGUUGUACAGCAAAUGGACCAAGGUGUUCAGAAACAAUUUCCUAUGGCUUCCCCGGGACAAUCUUUGACCCAACCUAUUAAUAUAGUUCAACAGCAAAUGCCUGUUACUCAAUCAGUGUCAGUGCAGUCUCCUCCUCUAGAGAUGCCACAGCAAAUGCCAAAUCAAAACAUGCAGAACAACCAGCAAGUUGGCCAGCAGCAUCCGCAAAGCAUGACCCACAUCACAAUGCAGAAUGCGCCACAGAGUCAUCCUCAGCCACAACAGCAACAGCAGGUUCAGCAAAUCCCUCAAAGCUAUCCCCAACACCAGAUACAACAAGUGAUUGCACAGUCGCAAGCAAUGGCGCAGUCCCAAGGGAUUGCUAUGCAACAAAUACCCAUGCACCAGCAAAUGCCCCAGCAGAUGCAGCAAAUUCCUAACCAGCAAAUGCAACAGAUGGGUCAGCAUUUGCCUCAGGCUCAGCUUACUAACAUGCAAUUACAGCAGCAGAUGCCACAAAUGCAAGGCAUACCUAACCAGGGACAAUUAACUCAAGUGACUGGGCAGCAACCGCAAAUGCAACAAAUUCAAAUGCAGCCUAUGCAAGGCCAGCCGAACCAGCAGCAAAUUCAUCAGAUGCAGCAAGCACAGAUCCCUAAUAUUGGACAAAGUCAUCACCUACAGGGCCAACAAGCGAUGGGCACACAGCAAGCUCAACUUCAACAUUUGUCUAGUCAAGCGCAAAUGCAGGCGUUGCAGAAUCAACAAAUGCCAAAUCACAUACAACAAAUGCAAAUAGCACCCCAAUUAUCUGCUGCUAAUCAACAGAUAUCCCAAAUGCAAUCUCAAAUGCACCAGUUGCCAUCUCAACCGCAACCGGGAAUGCAUCCACAGAUGCAACAGCAAGGAAUGACUGUUGCACAGCCACAGUACAACCAAGCAGUUAAUCAGCAACCUAAUCCCCAGUCAAUGAUCAAUGCUACAAUUCCAUCAUCUCAGCAGCCAAUGGUUCAACAACAACAUAAUGUUCCUCAGUAUCAUGCGCAGCAAUCGCAGAUGUCUCAGCAGGGACAGACCUUGCCACAAGAGGUGUUGACUAGUAUUGUUACAUCACAACAAGGUGCAACUCUGCCUUCAAAUCUACAGAGUAUGGCUACUCAACCUCAAGGCUCUACAUUGCCGGCUAAUCUCCAGAUGGGUGGACAGCAACAAGCUCCCGUGCACACCAUGGCUCCACAGCAAGGAAGCAUGCAACAAGGAAACAUCCAACUUAUGACAGCCCCUCAGAACAUGCAAAUGACUCUAGAUGGGAAUCAGCCCAGUAUGCAGAUGCCUGCCUCAGAUCCUAUUUUUAUCCAGCCACCCAAUGUUGGUCAACAAAUGCCCACACAUAUGACUCAGCCACAAAAUAUGUUGCAACAGCAAGUGAGUGGACAGGGCCAGAUGGGUGGAGUGCAAUAUGUUCCUAAUCAACCUGUGGCACAGAUGUCUAUGGGUCAACAGAAUAUUCCCAUGUCUAUGCAGCAGAGCAUGCCAGUUGGUAUGGGUGGAGGUGUUCAUGCAAAUGUAGUUCAAUCUCAGACUAGUAUGGGUCUUGGAUAUGGUGGUGUGGUGCCUGUAAUGUCUCAGAGUAGUGUGGCUCCUGUAGAGGCAACCGUGUCAGGAACUAACUCGCCAGUUGUGUCAAUGCCAGUCAGUUCUACAGCGUAUGUGACCAACACAGCCCAGCCGGGACAUGACAGUCAGGGCUUUGGUAGCCCAGUGAGUGCAGUGGUGUCUCAUUCAAUCAGUGGCGCAGUAGUGAGCAAUGUGAAUGUGAAUGCGAGUGAUAGUGGUGCUCCAGAUGUGGCUCCGGAUGGCCUGCAGGUUGGUGACACUGGGGAUGGCAAGGAGGACUCACAGGCCGCUCCGCCUCCUGAGGAUGAAAGCAUCAGCGACUUGGCGUUGGCGCUGGGUGGCAGCGGCACCGGCAGCCCUACGGCAGUGGACGCGCGCGGUUCAUCCGCGACCUCCCGCGCGCCCUCGCCACCGCCUUCUGAAAGACAGCAGCAUACAAGCGCAUCAGGCACAAGCGCCGUGGCUAUCGACAACAAGAUCGAGCAAGCUAUGGAUCUGGUUAAGAGCCACUUGAUGUUCGCGGUGCGCGAGGAAGUUGAAGUGCUGAAGGAGCGCAUCGCAGAACUCAUGGAGCGGAUCAACCAGCUGGAGGUGGAGAACAGCUACCUGCGCGCGCACGCCAGCCAGGACACGCUGGCGCAGCUGCCGGCGGCGGGCAGCAAGCCGCCGCCGCAGCCGCAGGGCCCGCAGCCGCCCGUGUCGUAGGGCGCCGCGUGACUCCGCCGCGCGGCUCCCGCGGCCCCCGCUCUCGGCGACCCAGGGAGUCGCCAUGGCUGUGCUAUGUUAAUUCGUGUGUCGAGACGGAUCGGCCCCGCGCCGAGGGACACAGAGGCGCGCGCGCCCGCCGUCGUCGCCACCACAAUAAUCGAUAUCGUACGCCAUACUAUUACACCAUUACUCGUAUCUAGUUAGCGCAUCACCCGCUCCGAGCGGCCGCGCUCGGCGAGCUUCGGUAUUAUGCUUGGAUUCAUAGACGUAUAUUUUCCCGUUAUUUAAUCUUUAGGGUGCAGAAUUUCGUGCUAAGCGCGCCACGCUUCCGCUAAGCCUCUCGGCGACGAGCCUCUACAGUGUCGACGUAACUAAUUUAAACAUUUUCCGUUCGGUCCACGUCUGGGCACCGGCAUCCGUAACGUAACUAAUAGGUACUCCGCGUAAGAAAAUAUCUCAUAAGUCGUGUGUUUAUAUGAUAGAUGUAAUAAAAUAGUUAAAAUAAUACUAUACGCAUUGAACAAUGACUGUUAAUUUAUUUUCUAAUCUUUAUAGUGUAUGUAAUUUUUAAGUUAUUUAUCGAGUUUUUUUUAAAACGUGUUACAAUAAAAUGACAUUGUGACCUUGACUCUGCAGUUGUUUAUGGAAUAAAUAAUAAUGAAUAUUACGUAUUUUAGGUUUUAUCCAUGAGUUUGAAGAGAUUCUUAGAAAUGAACGAGUGCUUCUGAUGACCGCUGAAUGAGUAUUGAUCCUUAAAUGUAUCCUAGUUUAAUAUCGUUAAAGACAGGCGUUUUUGUUCCAUUACAUAAAAAAACUGAUAAUUUUAUGAAUCUAGACCACAGCCUGAUAAUAGUGUACAAGCUGACAUUUUUGUAAUUUCAUGUGUCAUUUCACCACAAAAUAAGUUGGAGUUCUAUUUAUAUUGUACAUCUAGGUAGCUGUAAGAUUUCUACCUUAUUUCGGUAAACAUACAAACAUUGAAAGAUUCCACCACUAGUGAAUGAAUUAACUCUGUUCAAUAAUAAAAAAAAGUCAUUAUGUUUUCCAUCAGUAUUCCUCCCAAACAAAGUUCAUAUCACCCUUCAGGCCCCUUUAAGUUAAAUGAUCUGUUAGUUGAUGAAUGUGUGAUGUUUCAUUUAGUCGUAUACUAUUAAUGAAUACAGUUAACUUAAUGUUCGGAUGUACCAUCAGUAAUUGAUGUUAGUUACUAAAGAGUAAAGAGACGUUUAGAAUGUAGCCGUUUCGAGAGUGUAGCCUCGACAACGCUGGCUUUAGUGGAUUUUGCACGCUGAAACUAAAAAAAAAAAACUAUUUUUAUUCCAACCCUAUAUAAACGAUGAUAGAUAGUGGUUUGAAAGUUGAAAGGCGAUUUACAUUGUAUUUUUUUAAUGAUUAAAAUUGUUUGUAUAUAGUACAAGUCGUAAUAGUUGCGGGUGUAAAUAGUCUGUGUGGGAGACGAAAGGAAUUGUCUCGGUCGGAGACAAGCAGACUCCGUCGGAUGUGUAGUUAAGUUUAACGCUGUAUUUAAAUUUGCUUUAUUGUUUAUCGUUGAAUAAUCGAACAAAGUGGCUGGUCGAUGUGUAGUUAUAGUUUAACUCAGGGACUGUUAGUCCAGCCACUGUGACUAUUUCCUAGUAAAUAAUAUAUAGUAUUUUGUACAAGGCAACAUUACUGCGUAUUUGUAUAGAUGUUCUAUGAGCUCUUUAAUUAUUGUGAAUACUUAUGCAGUAAUUAACUCCAUUUAUUAGAUAUGAAAUUAUAUUAUUAUGAUUCUGAUAUUGUAAAUAUACUGUAAACAGAAUGUCCAUUGUAGCUUAUGUUGACCAAGAUGGUUCCUCGUACCCAAUAAAUGCAAAAUUACUCGAA